AUGACCUCAAGCCUAGCACCAAUCGCCAUCAUCGGAGGUGGCCCAGGCGGGUUAACCCUCGCGCGCCUGCUGGAGAUUAAAAACAUCGACUACAUCGUCUACGAGCGUGGCACCAACUCUGAGCCUAAGUUUAUCAACCAGGGUGGAACUCUUGAUAUCCAUCGCUCCUCGGGACAGCUCGCUCUCAAGGAAGCCAGACUCUUCGACGAGUUUGAGAAAGUUGCAAGAUGGGAUGCUUCGCGUGUUUGUAUGCAGAAUCCAUCCGGGACAAUCAAGGCGGUGUUUGGGGAGGAUCGCGAUGCGCCGGAGAUUGAUAGGUUGCAGCUUCGGAAGAUGUUGCUUGAUUCUAUCCCAUCUCACAAGAUUCUCUGGGGCCAUGGUGUUAGAUCUAUUGAAAGAGGAGAAGCACCUAUCGACCAUGUUAUUCAUUUUGCAAAUGGUCACUCCGCCUCUGGAUAUCGUCUUAUCGUCGGAGCAGAUGGUGCUUGGAGCAAAGUCCGCUCUUUGCUCACAACAGCCAAGCCAGUGUACUCUGGCAAGGUCUUCAUCGAAGGUAGUAUCUCGCAAGACAACCCAAGCUAUACUGCCGCACUCGAUCACGCAGGACCCGGCAAUAUGCUAGCUAUGGGUCAGCAUAAGAUGCUUGCCGUCCAGCAAUUGGCCGACCGCUCGUAUCGUUUCUACAUGGGAAUGGACGCCCCCGAACACCUUUACCUGAAACCAAUUGGUAUCGCCGAAACAGAGGAGAUACGUCGAAACUUUUUGUCAUCUCCAGAGUUCUUCGACACUUGGGCGCCAGAGCUCAAAGAAUACCUUGCCAACGCAGAAGGGCCGUUCCAUGCAUGGCCUUUGUAUCGUUUGCCUGUUUCUUCAUUAAGUUGGGAACGGGUACCUGGGGUUACCCUGCUUGGAGACGCUGCUCAUCUUUCUACGCCUCUUGUCGGUGAAGGUGUGAACAUGGCCAUGCUAGAUGCUCUGAUGUUAGCCAGAAAUAUCCUCAAACAUUGUGCAUCUGGUGGGGACGGGGAUGCCACACGAAUGGAGAGUGCAAUUGCUGAAUAUGAGAAAGAGAUGCUCGAGCGUGGAGGGGACUAUAUAUCACGUUGCAUUGGACGUGAAACAGAAUUCUUCUCGGAGCACGCCGCUGAGGAUUUUAUCAACAUGGUAAAUGGCGCGAAUGAGGGAGGCAAAGACACCUAA